GCUCCCAGCGCGCUGACCCCUCUCGUCUUCUUAAUCUUUAUGUCUGUAGGAACAGUUUACAGACAGACAAUCAACAGUUUUGCUGGAAUAAAAAUAAAAUCCCGGAAUUCACAGAAAGGAUAAAUAUAUAUAGCAAUCCGGUUCCUCUGUUUACCAAAGGCACUAUCUUGACUCGUAAACAAUCUUUGGCCAGUGAGGCGGAAGAGGCGUCAAACAAACAAACAUGGCUGCCGUCUCAACCAAAUGUGAAAACAAUGGCGAGGCAUCGGAUGAAUAUUCUCCCAAAAACAAAAAGACAAAAAGAGAUCAGGAAAAUAGCCAAGGAGAGAAUGUGAAGGAGGGCGACGAAAAUGUCCUCUCUGGCUUUAAAACCACUAACGUAUUGAGUGAUUCUGCCAGGGAGAAAGUCAUCUUUGUCCACGGAAAGCUUGACGAACAGAAUGCUGUGGUCAUCCUGGAGAAGACUCCCAUCAGAGAAGACACUCUGGCUGAAAUAUUCGCCGCGUCGACCCUGACGCUGGACAUGAGGAAUGACAUCUACAGCACGUAUCGUCUCCAGGCUCCACCUCACCUCAAUGAGCUCAAGGCAACCGUGGUGCUUCCUGCAACCGAGAAGCACGUGAAGAAAUACCAGUGUCAAGAGAGCUUCCUGGUGGAGGAAACGGCGGAGGACUACCAGGCCAUAACUCUUCCCUUCAUCCAGAAGCAGAGUUUUAGUGUGCAGUGGGUAUACAACAUCUUGGAGAAGAAGGCAGAGUCUGAGCGGAUAGUGUUUGAAGAUCCGGACCCGAAGCUCGGUUUUGUGCUCCUCCCGGAUUUCAAAUGGGACCAGAAACAGGUGGAUAAUUUGUACCUGAUCGCCAUUCCGCAUCAGAGAAACAUCAAAAGUCUGAGGGACCUGACGUCAGAGCAUUUACCACUCCUUCAAAACAUUUUCCAGAAAGGAAAGGACGCCAUCUUGGAAAAGUACAAGCUGCCAGCCGGCAAGUUGAGAGCGUACUUGCACUACCAGCCGUCUUACUACCACCUGCACGUCCACUUCACCAACCUCGGCUACGAGGCGCCGGGCUGCGGCGUGGAGCGGGCCCACCUCCUCGCGGACGUCGUCCAGAACCUCCGGUCUGACCCGCGCUACUAUAAAACCAGGACCCUCUACUUCCCGCUGCGAGCGGACGAUGGACUGCUCGGCCAGUUUAAAGAAGCCGGGAAGUUAUAAGAUUAUGACAAGAUGGUUCUGUUAUCAUCAAUUAACUUUUUUUUAUAAUAUUUUUUAUUGUGGGAUUCAAACCGUACUCUUUUUAAAAGUAAAGAUUAAAAAAUGUUAGCUCGCAGGUGAGCGUGUACAGUUUAGGGGCAAAUGUUUUUUUUCACAAUUUUUUUUAUCAUGUGUGAUAAUAGGAAUCAUUGAAUAAAUGGCUUCUGUGUCUUUUUUUCUUCAUUAAUAGUUGCGAAAUAUUCAGAUAUCAAAUUAAAAUGGUGCUGAUUAUCCUGGGUACACAAAUUAGAAAAAAAAUCAUUGUUUUUUCUCAAGUUCAUGUAA